ACGGUCACCCGAGUCCCGCCCGACCCUGAGCCUCCAACACAAACAGCACCGUUCUGUCUCAUUUCUCUGCUGCUGCUGCUGCUUCACCUGCCUUCAUCUUCCAUCAUCUUGCCUUCCACUCGAGCUCCUCUGUGAGCGUCUCACUGCUGCACGAUGGGAAAGACAGAGCUGUACUCUCUCUAUAAGGGUUUUCUCGACUGUAUCUGUAUCUGCCUCUCUCGACGCAGCGAUGAGGCUGCAGAUGACACUGAGAGGGACACUGAGAAUGGCCACCUCAUCUACAAAAGUGGGGACGUUCUUGAAGACCGAUAUGAGAUAGUGGACACGUUAGGCGAGGGAACGUUUGGGAAGGUCGUUCAAUGUUUGGACCACAGCAGAGGAGGAAGAAGAAUUGCCCUGAAGAUCAUUAAAAAUUUGGAGAAAUACAGAGAAGCAGCCAAACUGGAAAUCAAUGUGCUGGAGAAGAUCAGCGAGCGAGAUCCAGACAACAAACAUCACUGUGUGCAGAUGCUGGACUGGUUCAGCUAUUACGGCCACAUGUGCAUCUCUUUUGAGCUGCUGUCUCUCAGCACCUUUGACUUCCUGAAAGCAAACAGCUUCCUGCCUUAUCCCAUUAAACAGAUCCGACACAUGGCCCACCAGAUUUGUCACGCCGUCAGCUUUCUCCAUGACAACAAGCUGACUCACACUGACCUGAAGCCUGAGAACAUCCUCUUUGUCAACUCAGACUACUCCCUCAUAUACAACGCUGAGAAGAAGUGCAAUGAGAGGAGAGUCAAUGACACCACAGUGCGGCUUGUCGACUUUGGCAGCGCCACCUUUGACCACGAACACCACUCCGCCAUCAUCUCCACACGUCACUACCGAGCUCCAGAGGUCAUACUGGAGUUGGGUUGGAGUCACCCUUGUGAUGUGUGGAGCAUCGGCUGCAUCCUGUUUGAAUACUACGAAGGCUUCACGCUCUACCAGACUCAUGACAAUAAGGAGCAUCUUGCCAUGAUGGAGAGAAUACAGGGACCAAUUCCUCAGAGAAUGAUCCAAAGGAGCAGAAAGCAGAAGUAUUUCCACCGUGGGCGUCUUGACUGGAGCGAGUCCUCCAAGGCCGGACGCUACGUGAAAGCCAAGUACAAACCAUUAAGGGAGUAUUUGUUAUCACAAGGGACGGAGCACCACCACUUUUUUAAUCUCUUGGAGAGGAUGCUGGAGUACGAGCCGUCAAAGCGCAUCUCUCUUUCCUCUGCUCUCUGCCAUCCCUUCUUCCUGCCCCUCCAUCAUCCCAGAAGGAGUCAAAUGUGGAGGAACAGCUGUGAUAUUAGCAGAUGACCCUGAAGAGCUACCUGACCCUAUGAGGACCAUACCAGUGUGUUUGCAAGUUUUAGUUCCUCAGCUACGAACCAUGUACACUUUACGGUGCAUUUCAGUCAGGAUGGACUAACUGAAAGAAGGGCAAAAGGAGAUAUCAGGAAAUACAUGGGGUUUAUACAGAUGCAGGUGGUGAACAGGUGAAAAACAGAAUAGCUGAUGAUCUGGAGGGACAGGUGGCUCUGAUGAAACUGGAAGUGAUGGGGGUUGACGUGGGUCGUGUCACUGAGAUGCUGAAGUGACAUGUGACAGCAGCAGAGAAAGGAGGAUUUGUUUGACACCAAGCAGAUGAUUGGGUUACAGGGGUAACUUCAGGGAAAGCGUAAGCACCAUCGAUCACUCAAGCUAAAUAACUAGAGUAAAGCACAAUACUGAUCUCUUUUCUUUAAUUUAUUUAUCCCCAGUAGUUUCAGAGUAACAGAAAUGUUCAUUUGGCCACCUAGUGAAUGUAAGUCCAGUAUUCACUCUAUUGUAGCUCUGGUUUUGGUCUCACCACUCCUGAGGGAAAUAUGUGGCUCUUUAGAUGUUAAACGUACCAUUAUAUUCAGCGGCAAGUCUUUAACAGAGCAUUUUUUAAGAGUUGAAAUGGUCCUGGUGAGCGUGGCGAGGCUGAACCAGAAACAGUUUAGUGUGAGCUGGAAAGCAGUGAAACUCUGUGGAGCUGAGAGGAAGCACAGAGUCACAGAGACGAUUUCUUUGGCUUUUAUGACUGACCCUUUCACGUAGAAGAUGAUGCAUUGUUAAUGUAAAAUAAUGACUAUAGAUGAUUUGAGUGGUAUGCAUAAUUGAAAUUCUGCUAAGCAUCAUUGCAUUUUAACAGACACUAUUGCAACUUACAAUUUUCCUACAUUUUCAAGCAGAACAACCACUGAUUGAAAAUCAUUUAGCGGACUCUAAGAACCUGCUUUAAUUUUGCAUUGCACUGUAAUGAGUGCAGGUUGAUUUAAAAAGUGUUUCAUCAGAAGAAUAAUGUAUCUGAAAACAUGACUUCUUCAAGUUUCAUCAAUCUGCUAUCAGAUCAGAUACCUGAAACUGCAGACAAAUCCGUCAGUACGGCUUUCAAAGUGGUUAACUGAUAAAGUCAACAAAUGUGGAUGUGAGAAAAUGGGCUAAAACAUGCAAAAACACUGAGCAUUGUCUUUUAAACACCGAUCAGAACAUGGAAGUAGAUCAAGGAUGCUCCAAAUGCUAAAAAUGAAGAAAACCUUAUCUCUAAAAUUUAGAAGAUAUAGACACAAAAAGCCUAAACUAUGUGAUCCUUUUAGUAUCUCUUCAGUUUUAUGCUCUCCGUCCCUUUGUGACAAUAAUUUGUUUGUGUUUUGUACUAAACUUUGUAUGUUAUGAGUUCUUUAGUUGUUCACAACAGUUUCAUCUGUUGUCGUGUUUUGAUUGUGGCCUCUCAGCUCAUCACCCAUUUGUACGCACACACACAAACACACACACACAGUCAUCGCGUAACUGCCGUUUUACCGGCAGUCAUCAUUCGGUAUCUUGAUUGAGUGUAGCUCAGCAGAGAGUAUGGUCACAAAGAUGAGUGAGCGUGCACACUUGCCAGUUUUCCUCUUCUGCCUUGGCCGAGCUGAGAGACGUAUUGUCAGUGUGUGUGUGUGUGUGUGACUGAGUGAGACCUUAUUUCUGAAGUGGGUAUGUGUGUGUUUGUUUGGGAGGUUGUGUGUACUUGAAUGUAUUAGUGAGCCUGUGUAUAAGUGUGUAUGUGUGUGUGUGAUUUGCUUCCAAAGCCAAAAUUAAAGGAGACAUUUUUACAUGGAGACUCGAUGAAGAAAAUCAGUGUACCUUAGCAUGUAGAACUGAUCCCAUUUCUCGCUGUUUCUCAAAACAUAGCUUUGUUUUAUUAACUCAUAUUUAACUGUUAUAACACUCUUAAGUUUUCAUAUUUUAUGAGCAGGAGGAGAUUCACAACAGGUUGGGUUCUAUACAGCAUGAUUUUCAAGAAAACGAUCAAUAGUAUACAGGCAUUUCCUAUUAUACUUAGAAUGGUCUUUACCACAAAGACAUUUAUGCAGAAUGUUUUUUAAUUUUUUAGAUUUAUUUUACCGUGUUCAAAUCUCGGGACUUAACAUGCUUAAGAAAAACAAGCUGGAUGGCCAACGUGCCACUGAGGAUGUAAUUCAUGACUGUUUGAGCGAGAGUCAGUGUGGAAACUCUUAACACUAAAUGACCAGUCGUGUAACUUCAUCACUCAUUCAGUAAAUCAGGGACAGAUGUUUCAUAUUUGUAGGUCCAGUCAAAAACAGCUGCACUAUGUCAAAUCUGUGUGUCAGAAGAAUGUAAACAUCUUAUUCAUCCUCACCCUGUCUAAUUAAGGUCAUCACGACAAGACUUAACAGGCAAAAACAGGGACGCCUGGCUCAAAACAACCUGCAGCAUCAGUAUGUGGCGACUGGAGGCUGAGGCCUUGACUGAAUAUAUUGAACAGGUGGUUUAAAGUGGACAUGCUGAGACCGUCCCACGGGACACAGUGUCAGCAUCUGCUCCGACCUUAGACCAACAGGACUGUGGAAUCUGUGGGCCAAAACGUUUCUUUAUAAAUCACUCUUGUCGUUUACUGUUCUCUGCAAUGGACAAAAAAUAACUGCAGUGAGUUAGUUUUUUCAGAUUCAUUCAUAUGAAUUAUCUGCAAACUAAAAUUACACAACUCCAGCAUGGCCCUACAUUAAUGUGAAUAAAAACUGCUCACACAGCACUAAAAUUGAAGAGUCUCUUUUAACUCCUCUGUUUAAAUAAAAUAAAAUUUAAAUGCGUAUUCAUAACGUUCCCAUAGCACAAGAGCGAAUCCCCUGAUGCUCACACUGGCUUUGUUUAAAGCGACAUGUUCUAGUGUUUGUAUGUAUUUAGGUCAUUAUGCUAAUAUGUUUCUGUGUAGUUGUGACGACAUACAUAUUUAGUAUUUUUUUUUUAAUUCAUAUUAAAUUAGUACUUAGCUCACCUUUUGUUGCUCCAGAAGACACGCCCCUCAUGAGUUCAUGCAUGGGAACGUGUGUGAGUGUGUGUGUGUUGGUGCUGGUAUCAGUGACUGCCUUUCACGUGUUUGACACUGAUCCACCCGAGAAUCCCUUAAGUGGUUCUUUAUGGUGGGCUUGCAUGGACGCUCUGGUUCACACACACACACACACACACACACACACAACUCAACACUAUACAGUGGAUCUGACCACAUAUGUAUUGCUUGUCAAAAAGAAGCUUGAUUGUGAAUUUGCAGCAGUUACUGGGCUUGUAGUUUGUUUGUUUUUUAAAUGAUCCAGCUUAGCAUGAUGCAGUAAACUGGAGAAUAACAAAAUAUUUUCUCCCUUUUCCUGUAUGUGACCCAUACCUGCUGACACAAGUCCAACUCAACUUCCCUCCCUUCAGUUGUAAAUGCCUGCACCUCAGAUGCAGUAAACUGAUCCCAGGUCUGUCUCUGUGAAGGAGCUCGAGGAGGCGUGGCUCUUCCUGGUGAUCCUGUUAAAGGAUUAAAGCCUCCUCAGCUGUCAGAAACUGAAGCGUUCUGGGCGGCGGCGGCAAAGAAUCGAAGGGACACAAGGGUUUGUUAAAGUGUUCACAAGGCAUGUAUGUGUGUGUGUAAGCGAUUUCACUGCCAAGCGGGGCAGCCGAGAAGUUCAUAGAGCGCGAAACUUACUGUGGGGUGUUGUUCAAAGAUAUUUAGUCAUUAAAAAUGUACCAAAAGGAAAUCAGAGACAAAUUCUGUGAAUAUAAAUGGUUGUCACUCUAUUCAUCAUUAUCAGGCAUAUAUAAAUAUUUCAGGGACAGCAUUAUAAGGUAUUGCAGCUGUAAGCGGAGGCUCACGUCUAAGCAGAUGAAUGACUGAAAUAAAUGAAUGAAAAUAUAAACAGGUGUUUAUUAGAUUGUUAUAAAUGUUGACAAACAGUAUGCUGUACAUUAAUAAAUCCCUUAGAACUCUGA